AUCAAAGACAGCAGUUGCUGUACUUUCUGCUUGGCGCUAAAAUUUAAAAAUUAUAUGUUGUUUAAAGGCCCGUUUACAUAAUGUCAGCCAUUUUUUUUUAAGUGCACGUAAUUGGCCAAGUUGGCAAUUGUACAACACUCAUUCACCGGUGUACAUCGAUCGAAGGAAACAACAAGGUUAAACCGAUAUUUUCACUCCCUUUUUCUUCAAGAAAUUUUUUUGAUAAACAUUUAAAAUGGCAGCAACAGCACUUUCCCAGGAAAAAGUUUGGUUCGACAAACCUUCGUACGACAAAGCUGAGUGUUUCCACUUUGAAAAAUUAGCAAAGGUGGUGUCAGAUAAUAUUAAGGAUUUAUUAUCAAUAAAUAAAUUAACAACUGAAAAGAAAAAUUUAACAUCAACUGAACAACAAACAAAAUCAUCGUCUAAAAAAUCAAAGGAAAAAAAAAAUAAAGCUGAUAAAAAAAAUGUACAUACUAAAAAUGAUGAUGAAAAAAAAGAUGAUUAUUCAAAUCAGGAAAGCCAAGGUGAUGCUUGUUCAAUGGAUCCUGCAGUACAGAGUUUGGCUGAUGAAUUUGCAAAGGCGCGAGAACACAUUAAAAAAAGUUUACAAUGUAUUGAUAAUAUUGAAGCAGAAGCUGAUAGACCAAUUAAAGAUGUACCAGAACGUCUUGAAGCUAUAGAGUACGAAAAUCGAAUGAUUAAAAGUGCUGUUCGUGUUCUUGAAACACAAUUAGGUAGACUUCAAGAUGAUGAUGAUGAUGAUGUUGAUCUUUUUGGUUCUGAUUCUGAGGGUGAAGAUGAUGAAGCAGCCAAGAUUAGAGAACAACGUCUUGCUGCUUAUGCUGCAAAAAAAUCAAAAAAACCAGUUCUCAUUGCCAAAUCAAAUAUUAUCCUUGAUAUUAAACCAUGGGAUGAUGAAACAGACAUGAAAGCAAUGGAACAAGAAGUUAGAAAAAUUCAAUGUGAUGGUUUAUUAUGGGGAGCAGCUAAAUUAGUACCACUUGCAUAUGGAAUUAAAAAACUUCAAAUUUCAUGUGUUGUUGAAGAUGACAAGGUUUCAAUUGAUUGGCUUACUGAAACAAUUCAAGAACAAGAAGAUUAUGUUCAAAGUGUUGACAUUGCUGCAUUCAACAAAGUUUAAAAAUUCUCAAUCACAAAAAAAAAAAAUCUAAUAAUUUUCUAACACACACUCACUAAUGUAACUUGAUUGAUAUUUUUUGUUAAAUUGUUGCUGCUGUUUUUAAUUUAUUUUUUUUCUUCUCGGUAUGAUAAAAACUAUCGCACAUACUCAUUCCGUUAUAAAAAUAAAAUAAAAUUUCAACAAUUCAACAUA